AAUGAUAACGAAUGAUUUUCAGGGCACAAUGGGUGCAGUUCACCAGCCCUGCCUCGAGAGAUGGCUGGAGGAGUCUAACAGAUCUAGCUGCGAGGUAUGUGGUUUUGCCUUCGACGUAGAAAGAACCCCACGGCAUCAACCCCUCCACUCUCUCUUGAUAUUUAUCAAAAAAUCCCCCGGGGAUCUUCAAAUAUCCAUACGACCACCAAAGAUCGACCUCAUACGUUGUUUGGCCCUCACGACCAUGACCCUCGCUGCGAUAUACAUCUUUAUCGUUGCUGGCGACUUUUAUUCAUCAGAUAAUUUUGAUAAUUUUCCACCAGCAAAGUGGACUAACUAUUCCCUCAUUUUUCUCAUAUUUUUAAUAGUUUUUUCAUACUUUAUCUGGAUAUUUUGGACCCUUGAUUACCAGAAAAAUGUUUGGUACUGGUGGUGGCAGAAAACAAGUACUGUCAGAAUGAAUUAUCAUCGUCACUUGGUAGAUGAGAGGAAAAAUUUGAAUUUGAGUUACAAUCACGUGAUCUCGAGAGUCUGAGGACAAUCCUCGGUUUUUUUUUAUGUUAUGAGGCACGACGCUUUAUUGAUACUUUACCACGGCUCAAUUGAGCUGUAAAUAUUCGGACUUUCGAUGCGUCCGAUACUUU